CUGGUAUCGAAAGAGACCCCCCAGUCUUGCACCUAGCUUUUCAAGAGCAGCAUUGUGAACUUCCUUCAAUCGCCACCCUACUGUUCGCCCCUUUCUCCCAUCAUCUCCUCCCACCUCCUAUCAUCUCCCUCUCUCAUCAAGCACCGUCAUCUCACAUCAGUCUCGGUCCCGAUUUUGCGUCAAGAUAGCUUUCACUCCCUACCCGUCCCUCCACAUUCGCCCCACUUGUUCUAACGGGUGGGCAUUAUAAAACAAAAAAUUCUCCGUUAAUUUCGCUCUCCUCUGUCGGUAUAAUGGACAUAUCCGACGAUCAGGCUAUGGUCAUAGACGGGUUGGACCAAGACAACGGAAAAACUCAAGAUGUCACCAUAAUAAGUCCACAGCAGUCGAUAGAUUCCGGUUCUGCUGAUGACAAGGACUCUAUAGUGUUGGCCGAUGACUAUGAAGCUAUGAAGAAAACCCUUCUUCCAGAUCUCCCCGAUAUCGAGACAGAAGAUGAGACUACCUAUACAUGGAAGAUUGAAAAUUGGAGAAAAAUGGAGCGGAGGUCCCAUGGUCCAGCAUUUCAUUGCGGCGGCUCUCCAUGGCGUGUUCUCUUUUUUCCGCAAGGAAACAAUUGCGACUUCACAUCUUUCUACCUUGAGCAAGGCUUUGACGAAAAACCUCCGGAGAGUUGGUAUAAAUGUGUUCAAUUCGGACUUGUGCUCUGGAAUCCGAAUGACCCAUCGGUACACGUGACACACCAGGCCCAUCAUCGUUUCACGGCCGAUGAAGGUGAUUGGGGGUUUACGAGGUUUACUGAGCUAAGGUCGUUGAUGUCCACAACAAAGGAAAGGGCACGGCCACUCGUUGAGGACGAAUCCGCGAACCUCACAGCAUACGUUCGUGUCGUAAAGGAUCCAACGGGUGUCUUAUGGCAUAACUUUCUGAACUACGAUUCAAAGAAAGAAACCGGUUAUGUUGGACUCAAAAACCAAGGUGCUACAUGCUACCUGAAUUCUCUAUUGCAAUCGUUAUACUUCACCAAUAGCUUUCGGAAGGCUGUCUACCAGAUCCCUACCGAGAACGAACCGCUCUCAAAUAGCGCACUCACUCUGCAGCGCUUAUUUUAUCUCCUCCAGACGUCCAAUGAAGCAGUUGGGACCUACGAGCUCACACGAUCCUUUGGAUGGGAGACACAGGAUAUAUUCGCCCAACAAGAUGUCCAGGAACUCAAUCGCAUUUUAAUGGAGAGCUUGGAACAGAAGAUGAAAGGAACCGAGGCAGAAAAUUCUCUGACAAAAUUGUUUGUAGGGAAGACGAAAACCUAUAUCAAGUGCAUCAAUGUGGACUACACGUCCGAGAGGAUUGAGGACUUUUGGGAUAUCCAACUCAACGUACGAGGCUUCAAAAACUUGGAUGAGUCUUUCAAGGAUUAUAUUGCGGUUGAGACGAUGGAUGGGGAGAAUAAAUACUUUGCUGAAGGCCAUGGACUCCAAGACGCAAAGAAAGGAGUGAUAUUCGAAUCUUUCCCAGAAGUUCUACAUCUCCAUCUAAAACGUUUCGAAUACGAUUUGAACACGUAUGCGAUGCAGAAGGUGAACGACCAUUACGAGUUUCCCCAGGAGUUUGAUGCGGCUCCGUAUCUCUCCGAAGAUGCCGAUAAGUCGGAGCCUUAUUCUUAUGCCCUACAUGGUGUUUUGGUACAUAGCGGUGAUCUCAAUGCGGGCCAUUAUUACGCUUUUCUGAAACCUGAGAAGGAUGGCAAGUUCUUGAAAUUUGAUGAUGAUCGUGUGACGAAGGCAACCCUGAGGGAGACAAUGGAUGAGAACUUUGGAGGUGACUAUGGGCCAGCUACUAAUGGGCUUCCGAGAAACCCACAAGCCCGGGCCAUUUCUAUAAAAAGGUCCAUGAAUGCCUAUAUGUUGGUUUAUCUCCGAAAAAAUAAGAUCGACGAGAUCUUACCCACAGUGAGCGAAGAGGACACGCCUGCGCAUCUACAGAAGAAACUGGAUGAGGAAAGAGCAACUCGUGAAUUACGCAAGAGAGAAAGGGAUGAGCAACACUUAUACCUCAACGUGAAGGUUAUUACAGAGAGUCAGUUCAAAGCCCACCAAGGUUUCGACCUUACCUCCUGGGAUGACAAAGAUCAACCUGAGGAGGCGCAGCCAAGGCACUACCGGGUCCUCAAAGCUUCUCUGGUUAAAGACCUUGUUGAAAAGGUAGCCGCAGAUAUUCGUGUUGAUCCCGGUAAUGUGAGAUUAUGGAUAAUGGUCAAUCGCCAAAAUAAGACUGUUCGUCCGGACCAGCCCAUCACUAUGCCAGAAAUGAGUAUUGAGGACGCCUCAAAUAAGCAUAACAACAAGUCGAGCGACUUUAGACUAUGGGCGGAGGUUGCAACUGAGACUAAACCAGGCAAAAACCUUGAGCCCUGGGCUCAGGCUCGAGACUCAAACAGUGCUUGGAUAGUUGUAUUUCUCAAACGCUAUGACCCCGAGUCACAGACACUGCGCGGGGUUGGCCAUUUAUACAUGCGGAAAAACGACAAAGUUGCAGAGUUAAUACCGGCGAUUCUGACCGAAAUGAACUGGCCGCAAAACACACUCCUAAGGCUUUACGAGGAAAUAAAACCACAAAUGAUUGAGCCCAUGAAGCCGAAGCAAACUUUCAACCAGGCUGAGAUUCAGGAUGGCGAUAUCAUAUGUUUUCAGAGAGCCUACACCGAAAAAGAGGCACUAGCACUUUUUCAGAAGAAUCUGAUCCCUGAUGCCAAAGACUUUUACGAUCUUUUGGUCAACAGGAUUGUCAUCAAGUUUCACCCAAAGAGUCCUCAUGUCGCAGAGGGGAAAGUGUUCGAUCUGACACUUAACAAGAAAAUGACAUAUGACCAAGCACAAAAAGUUGGUGAAUAUCUUGAUGCGCCACCUACGCAUCUAAGAUUUACCACCAUCAAUGCUGCUACUGGAGGCCCUCGGUCGAUAAUCAAGCGAAGCCCCAAUACAACACUCCAUCAGAUGCUUACAACUACCUAUUACAGCAAUACGACCAUCUCACCAAAUAGUCUAUGCUAUGAAGUUUUGGAGCUAUCACUCACCGAGCUCGAGACGAUGAAAACUCUCAAGCUAUACUGGCUACCUGAGGGUAUUGUGAAGGAGGAGCAGGUCGAGAUCUUGGUCCCCAAGAAUGGCCAAGUUCAAGACAUCGCUGCGAUACUUCAAAAGAAGCUCGAACUGGAUGAUGAAACUGGGUCAAAAUUAAGAUUCUACGAAUCUCACCUUGGCAAGUUCUACAAAGAAUUGGAGCCUACCUUCGGUGUGGCCGGGAUACAAGACUACAUGAGUUUGCUAGUUGAGCGUAAACCAAAUGAGGAGCUAGAAAUGGAGGAAGGCGAUCGAUUUAUCUAUGCUUUCCACUUCCACAAAGAGCCAAGUAAGGCUCACGCUUUUGGGAUACCUUUCAAAUUUGUUGUCAAGCAGGGCGAGAUCUUUGAGAAAACCAAAGAGCGGUUGCAACUCCGAACAGGCAUCAAAGGCAAACCAUUCGAGAAGAUUAAGUUUGCUGUCGUCAGAAAAUCAAACGUUCCGAAACCCGUAUAUCUCUCGGACGAGGACAUACUUGCGGACGUAGCCUCGGAACCCGACGAUGUGCUUGGGCUAGACCACGUUGAUAAGAACAGCCGCGCCUGGGGCAGAACCGGGGGGCCAGAGAUACGGAUUAAAUAGAUGUGGCACGACCGGUUUCUCGCUUUCAUUCCUUUAAUCCUUUCAAUUUUUUUUCCCCCCUCUUCCAUCUGGAGCAUAAACUCGUGAUUCAGUUGAAGCCAUUAAAUACUUGCUUUGGUGUGGCAGAACUUUCCCCUUUUUCAUUUUCGAUAAUCUCCCUCUUUCAUUCUGGUGAUCUAUGAUUGUGUGCAGGUUUAUACGUUAUAAGCUAUGGUCGUUUGUUUUCUUCCUUCUGGCUUGGUUUCCCUUCUUUUCAUUUCUUUUCAGGGCGGUGCUGUAGUAGGGAUACCAAGGUUCUCUCUUUUUCCAUUCACUAAGUUAUGUCCUGGUGAGAGCAUGGGUUAGCUGGUAGGUAAUUGAUAAAGAAAAAAAAGACGAGAAA